AAGCCGUGACUCAGUUUUGUCAAGAUCGGGCGAAAGACAUCUGCUUUUUUUUGCUGGUCUGGUGGCAUCGACUCGCCCCCCAAAGCUUGUCAACCGCUAGGAUUUCUGAACCGAAGGACCACUAUCACCGUCUACGACAGGGAUAUCUGGAGCCCGGAAAUAGCCUAUUGCAAGGAAGAUGCACCGUUUGUGUUCCGAUUUUCCGAAGACACAGAUCAACUGUGUUUUACUCUUAUUGAAUGAAUAAUUAAUGAGUUAAUCGUUGUACUGUUUCUCGGCGGUGUGAAUCGGAGGGAAAUCGUAAAGAAAUUAAUGAACGCGCUUUAGACUAGGUGCUUGAGACUGCGCUGUAACAACUGAAACCGAGGCUAUGUCUGUGUUUUGAUGGAGCAUUUGGAAAACGGGAGAUUUGACUUAAUUCGCCAAAUAUUGUACUGCCUUCCAGAUAUUGACCGUCUUUGACUGUGUUGCGUUCGGAACCACUGUCUCGCGGCCAAUACUUGACAGGUCUCUGCGAGGAAAACGCGUUUCCAAACUGACUGCUGUAAGAGGCCCUUACUAACUUUGUCCUGUGCGCGCUGCCGUGGAAAUGGGAGACAACAUGUCUAAAAGAUUGAAACUGGUGUCGGGCAUGGACUCGGAGAUGGAGGAACGAUCCUUUAUCAAUCCUUACCCGGACUGGGAUCAAGGAGCCUUCACAGCGUCCAACUCAGAAACCGACAGUGACUGCAACGAUCCAUUUGACGGAAACGGAAAGAUCAGCGAUGGCUUCCAGAAGAAGGUGCAGAGUAAGAUCAAAGACCUGCUGCAGCAGAUGGAGGAGGGCCUGAAGACGGCCGACCCACACGACUUCUCCACCUACACCGGCUGGACUGGGAUCGCGCUCCUGUACCUCCAGCUGUUCCGCGUCUCCGAAGACCCCUCCCACCUGCAGAGGGCGCUGGACUACGUGAAGCGCACCCUGCGCAACCUGAACGGCCGGCGGGUGACCUUCCUGUGCGGGGACGCGGGGCCCCUGGCGGUGGGGGCCGUGGUGUACCACAAGCUGAAGAGCGACACCGAGGCGCAGGAGUGCCUGAGCAAGCUCCUCCAGCUGCAGCGCUCGGUGCUGGACUCUGAGCUCCCAGAUGAGCUGCUGUACGGCCGGGCCGGGUACCUGUACACCCUGCUCUACGUCAACGCUGAGAUGGGCCCCGGCACUGUGGAGGAGGCCACCAUCGCCAAGGUGGCCGGGGCGAUCCUGGACUCGGGGAAGAACCUGUCGCGGGAGGAGAAGAAGUCUGAGCGCUGCCCGCUGCUGUACGAGUGGCACAAGAAGCAGUACGUGGGCGCGGCGCACGGCCUGGCCGGCAUCUACCACACGCUGAUGCAGCCGGGCGCCGGCGUGAGCCAGGAGACGCUGACGGAGCUGGUGCGACCGAGCGUGGACUACGUGCGCCACAAAAAGUUCCGCUCCGGGAACUACCCGUCGUCGCUAAGCAACGAGUCGGACCGCCUGGUGCACUGGUGUCACGGUGCCCCCGGGGUGGUCCACAUGCUCCUCAUGGCCCACAAGGUGUUUAAGGAGGAGAAGUACCUGAAGGACGCUCAGGACUGCGGGGAGGUGAUCUGGCAGAGGGGCCUCCUCCGGAAGGGCUACGGGAUCUGUCACGGCACGGCGGGGAACGGGUACGCCUUCCUGGCCCUCUACCAGCAGACCCAGGAGAAGAAGCACCUUUACCGCGCCUGCAAGUUCGCCGAGUGGUGCCUGGACUACGGGACGCACGGAUGCCGCAUCCCCGACCGGCCGUACUCUCUGUUCGAAGGUAUGGCGGGGGCCAUCCAUUAUCUCUCCGACCUGGCCGCACCGGAGAACUCCCGCUUCCCCGCCUUUCAACUUUGACCUUUGACCUGCGCUUUCAGGAGGAGGGGAGGGGAGAGGGGGGGGGGGGGUAAACCUUGACCCUGACCCGCAGGAAGUGGACACUGGGCGGGACUUUGAUUUGAGUGACAGCACAGUGCCCGGGAACCCCCGCGGCCCCCCCCCGCAGAAACGGACUCAGAAACAUAAACCUCCAGCCUUUAACUCUCUGACUCUCUGAGUCUGCUUACCAACACGUCCCCCUCACCCCACACCUCCGCCCCCCCUUUUCCCCAAAAUGCCCAUGGUGGAUCUUACCCCUGCAUGCUUCCAAAAAAAUGCAGUGUUCCUAUUCUGGCCACGCCCAGUUCCUGUCUGUGACCCCUCCCCCUUUCUCUCUGUGUUUUGUGUAACGCUGUUAGCCCCCCCCCCCCCCUCCUGAGUCAUGUGACUGCUGUCUGUCUGUGCAUGGAGAUGGUGGGACCUGUGUUGGUGACGGAAUGUGCCCUCUUACAAUUAUAGCUCAAUUUAAUCAUCUUAACAGCGACAACGAAGAACACAAAUAAGAUGUGUUUUUUUUUUUUCUUUUACUUUGGCUCACUGUUUAAAGAAUGAAAGGAAGGAAUUAAAAAAAGAAAAAAAACAGCAAAUGGAUAAAUUACAUUUCUGCCAUAUUUUCUGGUUGUUGUGUGAUUAGUUUGGCCUCAUUCAAACCUGGCAAAUUUACAUUUACUACGCUUUAAUCACUAAGCAAAAAAAAUUCAAAUUAAUUUUACUCGUUGCUAAACUCACUUCUCUUUGAGGAGAGAAAAAGUCCUACUUUUAAUUUUCAGUCGAAGUCGAGGAUGAGUGUGGAUUCAACACCAGCCGUGGAGUAAUCGCGAAUUCCCCCGCUGCUUUGUUAGCGGUGAACCUGCUUUCCUAACGAGGCACGAUCGCACCCGACGCGCGCCUCGUCUUGACAAGUCGUUACCCGUUCUCCAAAACGGAGGUGAAAUUAGCCUCCGGAACGUGUUGUUGCUGCAGGAUGCGGGGUUGUGUGAACGUGAGCUCGGUUAGCCUCUCCUGCUAAAUCCUCGCUGUUACACGGCGUACCGACGUGUUGCUGGAUAGAAAUUAUUCCCCGUAUCUAGUAAUCAGUUGUCAGAGGAGCCAGUCCUUCAGGCCUCGUGUGAGUGUUCGCGCUGCGUUUGUGAAAAAUAUCCAUGGAAAUCACAGGACGGGUAAUUACAGGUGGCUGGUGUGUCUGAUCUGUUAUUGAUUGAACACAGACAGUGGCCUGUAUUCAUGAGAGCUCUCUGCAUUCAGUCAUUUCUCGAGUGGGAAGCGGUUACGACGGAAGAGUGGCCGUUUCAUCUGCAGAUCUGGAUGGAAGUAAUUUGGGGAGAUGAGUGCGCCCUUAAAAGUAGAAGAAAAGCACUUAAGAAUCAGUAAAGCUUCAGAAACUACUCGCAGAGAACAAACAGGUCUCAAGUCCAUAUUUUCUUCUUGAAAGGAAGAAUGUUUGCCGAGUACUAAAUUGUCAGGGAUCUUUUUUUUUUUUUUUUGAAGGUAAAGAUUACAUUCGACAAUUUUGCCUUUGUGUAAUAAUGUUUCAGACUUGGUUUAGGACGUUGCCUACCCAGAGGAAUAAAGCGCUCUCCUCUAUUGAAAGUUGUGAUGACUGUUAUUGCUGUUGUCUGCAAAUGAAUAAGCGAAAGUGCGGCACUAACGGUUAUGCGUGAAGUUGUUCAGCGUACAUACGGGAGUGUCAUGAAUUCAGAAGCUACCCACAAUGCCCCCCAAUUACCAGCGUCACCCGUCAAAUGUCAACAGCCCAAACAUUUUAGGACCGACUCUACGAAGACAUUCAUCACCCCUGCUGUGUUCCUCCCCUCUUAUCGUGAACACAGAAGGGGUGAUGAAUGUUCACUCAGAAGGGUUGGUGUGGGGGCCAGCCUUUUGUUCUAGCCUAGACUAAAUCGCCUGAGUCAGCGAAUCAAAUUAACUUGCUGUUCAAUUAACAUUACAUUACAUUAUUGGCAUUUGGCAGACGCUCUUAUCCAGAGUGUCUAGACUAGGUAGACUAGGCAGGAGACAAUCCUCCCCUGGAGCAAUGCAGGGUUAAGGGCCUUGCUCAAGGGCCCAACGGCUGUGCGGAUCUUAUUGUGGCUACACCGGGAUUAGAACCAUCGACCUUGCGUGUCCCAGUCAUUUACCUUAACCACUACGCUACAGGCCGCCCCAUUAAAUUGAUAAGGCCCUCAUCAAUUUAAUCCAGUGCUUCAGUGCUGAGCUAGGCCCUAACGCUGCGUGGACACCCCAGCGUCACACCAUCACAGUUCCCAUACCUGCGCAGUGUCGAGAUGUGUGGCGUCUUCACUAUUAUUAUAAUUUUUUUCUGUCCAAUUUCCCCCCCCCCCCCCUUUCUUUUCUCCCAAUUUCGUUGCCAAUUGUACGCUGCUUAUUUCAAUCGCCCAUGUUAGUCGAGGAAACGCCGCUAACGCCCUGUUCCCCGGCAACCCGUUCUUCACAGCGCAUCAUCUCGAGCCGUGAUUCAAGAGGGUUUUUUUUUUGUAUGUGCCAAUCCUCCUCGGAGCGGCCCAAUUAUGGUAAAUGGUAAAUGUCUGCAUUUAUAUAGCGCCUUUAUCCAAAGCGCUGUAAAACUGAUGCUUCUCAUUCACCCAUUCAUACACACACUCAUGCAAGGCACCAACCAGCUCGUCGGGAGCAUUUGGGGGCUAGGCGUCUUGCUCAGGGACACUUCCACACACCCAGGGCGGGAACGAACCGGCAACCCUCCGACUGCCAGACGACCGCUCCUACCACCUGAGCCAAUGUCACCCCAAUUAUGCCGGCCCCUUCCUGCGCGGGCCAAACUCAGCUUUGGCAGGACCGUGGCACGAAACCCCCCCCAGUCCUCGGUGUGCAACUGCGUGUGCCUGGUGCCUGCCGCCGCCACACCUAAAUUCACUCACCGUUAACCCGGCCCAGGAUGCUUCACUUCUCAUGAGCUUCCGCUGCGUUCCCGCCGGCUUAGCCUGGGGCCGCUACGCCUCCACUCCCAUCUGCAGCCUCUCAUCGUCGUGGUGCCGGGAACUACAGUCAACUAAAUUAUGUACGAUCCCAUCUUCACUGUUGUACAGGAACUUUUAUUAAAUCGGUACUCUUUCAAUAAUUUUUAUUUUUAGCUGCCACAUUAAUAGCCGUAGCGUGCGUUUGUUGUCCUUGCUUGUACGUUUCAGAUAUUGACUUCACGCCCGUUGUGAUUCCUGGCAAUCGACAUGCAUGAAAUAAACAUUGAAUUAUUCUAGCUGUGAGCUCCUGUUAAAUAUAUUAGUGGCUGUGUGUAUAGUUCGUAGUCUGCUGAAUACGUGACGGUGAAAUGGUGUAACCUCCAAUUGAGCUGGUCAUAAAACUGGUCUAGCUGGGUAUGAGCUGGUCAAUCACCUACCGGCUGUUUUGAAAUAUAGCUUGAUCUGGUCAAGCCAAGUCCAGCUGGGAGCUGGUCUGAACUGGUCAACCAGCUAAACCAUGUGGAGCUGGGAGCUGGUCUGAACUGGUCAACCAGCUAAACCAUGUGGAGCUGGGAGCUGGUCUGAACUGGUCAACCAGCUAAACCAUAUUGAGCGGAGAGCUGGUCUGAACUGGUCAACCAGCUAAACCAUAUUGAGCGGAGAGCUGGUCUGAACUGGUCAACCAGCUAAACCACAUUGAGCUGAGAGCUGGUCUGAACUGGUCAACCAGCUAAACCACAUUGAGCUGAGAGCUGGUCUGAACUGGUCGACCAGCAACCAGCGGUUUCUAAAUCUAGCUUGAGCCUCGGUUCUUUUCAGCAGGGCGCGCAUCACAUUUAUGAAUUCUAUAGCUCCAUUCUUUAUGUCCGUCCCAGUUGUUUAUGUGACAGAGCAAACGUUGGCUGAAUGCCGGUUAUGCGUUGGUUUACUCGGGAAGCAAAGGAAGAAUUAGAAGUCGGGUUCGGAAGAAGUUCCGCCUAUUCGCCCGUCGGGGGGUGAUUGAUUUCGGGGACGAUGUGGGGCGUGUCUCGGGCCUGCUUCCCCUCCAGGGUUCAGCGGCGUUAAUGUACAGCACUGUGCAGAAGUCUUAGGCACCCUCGACUUUAUUAUAUAUAUGUUUAUUUUUUUGUGUGUGUUAGUAUAUAAGAACACAUCUGAGAUUUCCAAAUAUUCAUUUUCCAAAAAAUUUUAUUUAGGACGUUUCAUUGAAUUAUUGUUUUAAAGAGUCUUAUCUGUACAGAAUGUUAUACAGGUGCCCAAGACUUUUGCACAGUACUGUUUGUCCUUCUCAUUUCCACCGUCGUGGCGUUGGUAUAAUUGGGUCUAUAUAAACCCGCAGAGCAGGGAAAGGGGUGGAUCGAUGAAGCGUUCGAACGGUUUCCAGGACACAGGCCUCUUAAUUUAAGAGGUUCGUUUUGACAGUAGCGUGCCAUCUUGUUCCUGUUUAUUUUUGGAUGAGGCCUGUCUUCCACAGGUGGAAAUUUUGAUCUGCUGUAGGAUCUUGGUCCGGUCCUGUCCGGAUAUUUACAAAUUCUUUGUAUUCUGUGCUUGUGUGCCGAAAACUCACUCCAUAUUACACAGAGGAAUCCUGUAUUUUGUGAUUGAAUAAAGAAAAAAAGAAUUGAAGUACCAUGUACCAGGAUGUCUCUUAUAAUGUCACUAUUUCACUGUACGACCACUAAUCAAAUUCACAACAUCAUGCAUAAAGAUGUGAACAAAUAUUCAAUUGAAUCUAGCUGCAGCCUGACAAGGCACUGUCUUGAGGAAUUAAUAUACCUCUUCUUGUGACCAAAGAUCAGUUUUGCCCUUUGACCUUCACUUUGUGUGGUUUCUAAGGCUGGCCUGUACUUGAGAAGCAGGUGUCUAGGUGCAUGACACACCCCUGAAGGAGUGUAAUUAAGUCGAGUUUUAGCUCCGUUAGCAGCAACAACACCUUGCUUUCCCUCAUUUACACCACAGUUAACACUCUUCCGCUCACUGCAUUCAACUGCCGUUUCUGUUUGUGCUUAACUUGGCCUACAUUCCACAUUAUUCUUCUGAUUUGUCUUGCGUAUACAGCUUGGGAAUCACAAAAUUGUAUUUGCAAGUCUAACUUGAGUUGUCCUUAUUCAUGAAAUCCACGUCGUACUCAAAUCCGUGUCAAGAGUAUGACAUGCCAGCAGAUUACCGGUAUUUAGCCGACACUUAUCCAAAUCGACUUACUGUUGACUAGUCUAAACAAGGGCCUAUCUCCCCUGGAGCAAUGUGGGGUUAAGGGCCUUGCUCGAGGGCCCAACAGUUGCGCUGAUCUUAUGGUGUGUGCGCAGCAAUUGCGUGAAUCCUGGCUUAUUUAAUCAUUUUUGCUCCUCUGACUUAAAUGACUAAGCUUGUAAUUUACUUAGAACUCACAAAAUAUAUUCAAACAAGGAAUAUGCAUUUGCUGUUGUACCAUAAUUAAAUCUGUCCUGUGAAAUGACACUUACUGUGUCUCAUGCAAGUUCACUUUGUAACAGUUUCCUUGGCUGAUGAAGUGUUAGGUUUGGUAAUAGGGAUAAGAUGAGGUAGUUUUUUUUAAAGUUUGAAUGACAUACAGUUCAAAGAUACAGUUUCAACUAGGGACAUCAAUCCUAAUGAUAUAGUUGUAUUGCCCUUGAAUUAUUCCUGAUUGUGUUAUUUACACCCUAAUUGUAAACUAACUUUAAAUCAGAGUGCUUGUUUAAAAUCUUAAUUUUUCCAUUUUAUUUCUGUUUCUCAGUUGCUCGAGUGUCUCAGCUCAUCAGUUGGAAUCUAGAGGAAGUCUAUUUAGGGAAUACAUUUGAAUUCAAAAAGGGCCUUGAUCAUUCACGCUGCAGCAAAAACAAAAAUUGAUUUCUGUGAGAAUUUCUCAUUAUACCGUCUCAGUAAAAUUCUGACUGAUACACAAAUGUCCGUGAACUCUGGAUCACUCGUCUAAACGCCGUCUAUGGUAAAUUUCUCUGUGGUAAAACCUCAAUGCAGGCAGUAGUUUGUCAUCCCUCAGAUAUAAAACAUCCUCUAGGCUUGUGUUUCCUCACUUAUCGUCGGUUGACUGCGUCGGUACAGGCAGACUGAGUCGAUGUGUUCGCAGCAGUAGCUACGUCUUGAGACGGUUGCCCUGUGGAGCUCUCCGCUAUGGGGUGAACUCCAGUAAUCCCAGCCCUGAGUGUCUGUUGAACUGAAUCACCUUCACGACUCACUAAUCAAAAUGGCGGGUGAGUCUCAUCACACGUUAGGCUCAUUUCAAUCCCUUAUUUUCCUCCUGUUUUUUCUCCUUUUCUCAUUUCCUGAAAGAAGACAAGUAAAGACGGGGAUUCUAUCUCCGAGAAGGAACAUUUAACGAACGGGGUUGGAAUGUCCUUAAAGACGGCGUACCUCGAUCGAUUCCUGGGUCAGUAGCAAGUAAAAGAUAAAAGAGGAGAAAAAUAAGGGUUUGGAAAGAGCCCACUGCUUUCAAGAUCGGCACUGUGUGAGGACACACACCCGUUAGCCAAAAAAUAAAGUCUGCAGUGGUACAAAUUGGCUGACCUGAAAUGGCAGUUUGUUGUUUGGGUGAAAGCUUUAGCAUGUUCAGUCGGAUGAAUUCGGCAGUGAUGCACUUAGAGGUUGUGUACCAAAGCCUGGCUAUCCUUGGGAAUGAGGUCACAGUAAUGACGGGGUUUAUUAACUCAUUCUUCGGAAGAUAUAUUUAACUAAUUGGAAUGUUUUUUUGUUGUUUUUUUUAAGUUAUGUUGAAAAGGCCAUUCUAAAUUUUUUUUAUGUGGUAAUACUAUAUGCAAGAUGGGCACAAACUUAUCUCCCGUCAAAAAGAUGGCCACCCGACACGGAUAGCCGAUAGUGCCAAAUAUGGAAGGUCAUUUCUGGGGAGUGAUGCAGUAUUUCUCGUGUAGUGGUCUUGAUAGUAUGUGCUGUUUCGUCUUGAAUUUAACCUAAUGUAUAACAACCAUGUGUGAUUCCUCACCACUGUCUAUAUUUCAAAUAGGAAAAUGCGUUGAAAUUUGUGUUUCCUUAUUCUCGUUUUCUGUAAUAUUGUCAGAAAAACUGCUACAGUACAAGUUGUAUGUACUUUGCUGUCUGAAUUGCUUUGUACAAAUGUAAUUUUCAAUAAAACGCAAGACCAUU